UAAUAUGUUUAGGUAUUAAAUGUAUAAAUAUUCAUUAGUUCUGUUAUUGUUUUCUGUAAUGGAUUCUUGUUAAGCAGUACUUUCCCUUUAUAUUGUGUUGUAAUAAUAUUUGUAGGUGUGUAUUUCUCUAAAAGGAGAAGCGUAAGUCCUAUAAAUGAGCAGAAAAGGCCUCAGUGUUGUGUUUUUCUCUCUCUAAGCUCUGAGCGCCUGGAGAUGAUGAGCUGUUUGAGGAAGUGAGCUGGACUUUGCUUUUGUUUUAUGGCUCAGUGACGCCCCGUGAUCACUUUGUUUGCUCGGCUCUGCUCAUCCGACGGGGCGACGCACAAAAAGAAAGCGGCACAUUUUAGUUUGCAGCUUUUCUGCUCUGCUCAGAGAUGUCGAGGUACCACAAAGCGGCCAUCGACGGCUACCUGGACCUCCUGAAGGAGGCCACGAGGAAGGACCUGAACACCGCCGACGAGGACGGCAUGACUCCCACCUUACUGGCCGCUUUCCACGGACACAUCGAUGCUCUUCAGCUCAUCUGCAGCAGAGAAGGAGAUCCCAACCGGAGUGACAUCUGGGGAAACACACCGCUGCACCACGCAGCAGCCAAUGGCCACAUGCACAUCAUCAGCUUCCUGGUCAACUUCGGGGCCAACCUGUUCUCUCUGGACAAUGACUUCCACACGGCCAUGGACGUGGCGGCUUCUCGGGACCACAUGGACUGUGUGCGCUUUCUGGACGAUGCCACCUCCAGGCAGACCAACCAAAACCCAAAAAAGGUCGCCAGCCAAAAGAAGGAGGCCGAAGUAGAGGCGAAAAAACGAGUGAAACUCUGUGAGAAGGUGAAGAAGAGACACCAGACCAAGAUGGACAAACUGCAGCGUGGAUCGGGCAGCAUCAGGUCAACUUCGGAGGCCAGUGUGGCGUCGUCUUUCUCAAACGGCGGCACCAUGAGUAGCGUCAACGAGCAGUUCUCCAAGCUGAUCGCUGCAGAAAAGUCCGGUUCUCUGACGGCCAGGAUGAAAGGAACGCUGCAGAAAAGGCUCGGGAAGAAGGACAAGAACACGCUGCAGAGGUCGGCAGGAGACGCGAACGUUAUCUUCCUCAAACAGGACAACGGGAAGUCCGACAACCCCGAGUUUCUAGGAGUCUUCAACGAGCAAGACGAGGGAAUGUCAGACGAAGACAGGAUGGAAGAGUUUGAUGAAGUCAACGGCAACGAAGAGGGCGGCCAAAUCAAGCAGUCCAUCUUCAACCGGCCCGGCCUCGGAGGUCUGAUGUUCAUGAAGAAGAUGGGGCUGGAGUCGGACGACAUCCCCAGCGGCAACAACGAGAGCCUCGGUUACCUCGUUCAGAACGAGCUGUUUGACCCGGACGAAGACGCUGCCGGCUUCGUUGGGGCAGAAGAGCUGCCCUGGGAGCAGGAAGACCUGGGCCUGGACGACGACGAAGACGAGGAAACGUCUCCUCUGGAUGUGUUCCUGUCCAGCAUCUCCCUGCCAGAGUUCGCCCUGGCCUUCAGCAGGGAGCACCUGGACCUGGAGGCCCUCAUGCUCUGCUCCGACGAUGACUUGAAGGGGAUCCGCAUCCAGCUGGGACCCAGGAAGAAGAUCCUGGAGGCUGUAGCUCGCAGAAAAAAUGCCCUGGAGACUCCUGGAACCAUCAAGGACAGCAUCUUGUGAUCACACUGAGAACAGUUAUUUAUAAUCCAAUCUGAAACCUGAAAGUAGUCUGUUUCUCCUGUAAAGAGCAAACCGUUUCCCAACAACAAAUCCUGCUUUUUAAAGUGAUCCUACUUUGACUCUUUGGAUAUGAAAUAAGAUUGUGGAAUACUCGACUACACCCUGGUGUUUUAAAAAGAGAAUAACUAAUGAACACAACCGUGAUCUUAAAUCAUAACAGGACUUUAAUAUUGACAGAAACAAGAGAUGUUCUGGUGAUUGUUUCUCUCCAUAAAUGAGAUAACGGUGGCUGAUUCGGUUGUGCUAUUCUAUGUUUUUGACUGUUCACAACAUGCUUGUCAAACAAAUAAAACGCAUGUACAAGAUAA